AUGGAAAGCAAAAGCGGAGGAGGCAUCAGGUUCGAAGAUUGUUCUCUUCUUCUUCAUGUACGAAGAUUAUUCUCUUCUUCUCCAUCUGUUUUUGGAACACAUGGCUCUAGGAACCCUCGCACGUUCACGUUUCCCGAUCUUUCCUACGAUUAUGACGCACUGGAGUCGGCGAUUAGCGGAGAGAUCAUGCAACUCCAUCCCCAGAAACACCACCAGACUUACAUAACCAACUACAAUAAAGCUAUCGAGCAGCUCGAUGAUGCUAUCACCAAGGGAGAUGCUUCAACUGUUGUCAAAUUGCAGAGCACUAUUAAGUUCAAUGGCGAAGGUCAUGAAGGAGGUGGCGAGCCACCACAUGGUUCUUUGGGCUUGGCUAUCAACCAGAGCUUUAGUUCUGUGGAAAAAUUGAUUGCUAAAAUGAACACAAAAGGCGCUGCUGUGCAAGGUUCUGGAUGGGUGUGGCUUGCUGUUGACAAAGAGUUGAAGAGGCUUGUGGUUGAAACCACAUCAAACCAGGACCCACUGGUUACAAAAGGUCCAAGUUUGGUUCCUCUGCUUGGUAUAGAUGUUUCGGAGCAUGCAUACUACUUACAGUAUAAAAAUGUCAGGCCCGAUUACUUAAAGAACAUCUGGAAGGUGAUCAACUGGAAAUAUGCAAGUGAGGUAUAUGAGAAAGAGUGCCCUUAAAAGAGUUGCAGGUUUGUUAAGAUUUAAAGGAUGCAAUAAAGAAACCCUAUUUUACCCUUGGGAUAAGAACAUACUGUGUAUGAAACCA